UGGCACUCCCUGCCUGGCCCCGCUGCAGCCCUCAGGAGUGGGCAUUCGGGGCCCACUUCACAGGUGGGGGCGGCUAGGCUGAGAGAAGGGAGUUUUUUGCCCAAGGUCAUGAUCUGACCCCUAGCCCCCAUGCUUCUCUCACUAGUGCUCACUGAAGUGGGGGUCUCCGCCCUGUGGGACAUCUCCCAUCCUAGGAAGCCCCCAAGCUCCGAGGAGUGCCUGCCAAGGGCGCCACAGAGGGGUUUGGAGGGGCGCUGGGGGUCCCUCAGAUGUCGUUGGCAGGACCGGCUUCCUCCGGCCCCCCCAGGGACCCUCUGACAUGGGGAGUGAGGCGGGGCUCCUCCCCACCCUACAGAGGAGCAGCCUGAGGCCCUGGGAGUCAUGUGGUUAGUUCAAGGUCAUGACAAUGACAGCCUGGGUAGGGAGCUACCCAUCUCCUCAUCAGUUCUUACCUCGGUUCAAGUCCCUUAAGGUCUGUGCAGAAGCUGACCCCCCACGGCCCUCUGCAGGGAGUGGAAGAGACUGGCGUUGGAGUCACAGACCCGGGUUCAAAUCCUGGUUUUGUCUUGCACAAACGGUGUGAUCUUGAGCAAGUCAUCAAUCACUCUGAGCCUCGGUUUCCUUAUCUAUAAAGGGGGAGAGCAGGCCUCUGUCAUGUUCAGUCACCAACAGGUGUCUGUUGAGCACCCACUGGGUGCCUGGUGCUGGGCUGUAAUGGAGAAUCCGGGCCCUUCCUCGGAGAACUCAGUCCAGGAGUACCAGCAGUAGUUGUGAUGUCGGUCGUAAUGGAGAAAGCCCAGGGGGCUGUGGGGACCCCCCCAAAGACCCCAGCCAGGCCAUUAUAAUUGGUGAGGGGGGGCAAGAGGGCAGGAGAAGAGAGCAGGAGCAGCUCCGCAGGCCCCAUGGGCAGGGCUCUGUUGCUGGAAUUUUCCCUGAUCAGUAGGGAGCCAGUGAAGGCUUUUGAGCAGGAGAGGGCCACGCUCAGAUUUCCAUGCUUGCGCUUGCUCAUCCUGGUGAGACUGGAGGCAGAGACCAGCGAGGGUGCUGACGGAGACAUUCACUGAGGCGGAGGACGGAGGCUGGAGCAGAGCAGGGGCAGCGAGUGGGUACGCACACAGAACUUCGGGUGCAGGGAGCUGAGCGGCUGUGGAUGCUGCUGGCUGGUCUGGGAACGGGGGGCAGAAGCAGCGGCGGGGCACGGGUGGGCUCGGAAGGUGAGCCCGGUAGUGGACGUGGAUGAGUGGCCAGGGAGGAGGCAGCCGGGAUGCAGUGGCCAGGGGGUGUGCAGCGCGUCAGGUUGAUGAAAGAAGCCACAAGAGGGUAUGAGAUGGGGGGUGGGUUGAAGGAGGAGAGCAGAGGGCUGGGACCAGGACCCCCCGGGAAGGCAAAGGAGCUGGAGGAGGCACAGCCUGGGGGGCCAGGGGGAAAGCCAGGGGUAGGCGCAGUCCCAGAAGGCAGUUGUCAGGAAAUUACAGAAGUCCCAUGUGUCGAGCACUUUCUCCAGCGCCAGGUGCGAGGAGGGCCCGGGAGGGUCAGUCCCCACCUGUCUCUUCAGCAGAGAGCAGGCCGGGCAGGGGAAGCAGAGCCCAGCCUGCCCCCUUGCCAUCUGGAGGAGGAAGGUGUUGGAGGAAGGAAGGGGGAAGAAACAUGUGCGUGCCUAGCAAGGUGGAGUGAGGGUGGAGAGAGGGGAGGCCGAGGGAGCCAGCGAGCAGGAGCCGGAGAGAGAAAGCACCGUAUGCCAGGACCUUGUUAUUCAACCCAGUUUUCAAAGGCCCGCAGCUGUCACGCUGAGAUAAUCCGUUAAUUAUGGCGGCCAUUGCGCUUUGGCAAUGGGGGUGAAACAGAGGCUGGGGACCAGGCUGAAGGGGUGUGGGGAGCAGGUCCUGGGGGGCACUAGACCCAUGAGAGGGGGCAGGGACAAGCGCAGAGGGGUGUGCUGCCUUCCAGAAUGAAGGGAAGACCCUGUCAGGGGCCAGACCGCACCCCUUUCCUGCUGCCACCGUCUCAUCGGUGGAUGACGGGGAUCCAAGCCACCAUAACCCCCCCGGGAGCAGCCAGCCCCUCCGAGGCAGUGAGUGCCCUUCCAGGCCCAUUUUACAGAAGAGGAGGCUGAGACUCAGAGGAGAGGAGCCGCUUGCCAGGGCCAUGCUGUUGGUUCAGGGGCAGAGCUGGGAUUUGAGCGGAAUGUGGCCGCCCUUCCAGGAGAACCUCAGGGAGGGCCGGCCUCCGGGGACUGGCCGCGCUGACCUGGUGGCCGCCAGUCCCGAGGGAUGGCGUCUGCACGGCCCGCAGCCGUGGGGCGGCCCUCUCUGGGGCGUUCCUGGGGUCCCCUGCAGGGACAGAGCUUCCUUGUUCUCCAGUGCCACAGCUGCAGGCCUCCGUGGGCUCCCCCGCCUGCCCCCACCCUGCCCCAGAGAAACCAGUCUCAGUGCCAGGACAGCGACCCCUUGUGGCCGCUUGUGUCAGUCCUGGUGGGCUGUGGCCCCGAUGGUCCAUGGGCCCUGGGUGCCAGGGCCUGGAGAGGCAGUGGGGGAGACAGGCGGGAGUCCCAGGUGAGCGGAGCGAGGAGAGCCCCAAGUCUGUGGGGAGAACGAUGGGAGCGAGGGGCCAUUCCAGAGCCCCAAGAGCCGUUUUCGCUGCAGGCCCUGCCCUGGGCUGGGGCUCCGGUAGCCGAGGCCUGAGGCCUGGUGUCCACGCCAGUCUUGGCUGGAACCUCAGCCCAGGCCAGCGGGCAGUUUAGACAGGCUGGGAAUUGUACCUGGGAGCGAGUAACCCGUGAACCCCAACAGGGGCCCCAAAUGCGACCCAGAAACCCCAGCAGCAUUGUUGGAGAGCCAGGACCCCCCAGGGUAACAGGCAGGUGUGGGGGGCCAUCUGGGUGCUCCCCUGAUUUGGGGUUCCCACCCCAGUGGGCCUGCUUGGAUGGGGCCAAGCUGCAGGGGUUGUGGAUGGGGCAGGGCAGCUUGAAGUUCUGCAGAACUGGUGACCACAGGGACCAAAACUCAGUAGACAUUCAGGACCAAGGACCCGUAGAUACAGCACAGAGCUCUUGAGCCCCCCCCCCAAAGACCCAGGGCCACCAAAGCAGUGAGGCAGGGAUGGUGGCACCCUUGGGUCCCAGUCCGGGAGGCUCAUGGGACCCCCCCCCACACACACACACACAGGCUGGGUUUCUAACCGUCCCAGCUCUGGGGUCUCCUCUCUCGCUGGCCUGGAACCUCAGGGGCCAGGGGCGGGUGGGAAUCUCAGCCAGGGAGGCAGGGAGGAGGGCGGGCCCUUGGGGCCUGAUGGCCCCCCCACUCUGUUCCCCACAGGACGCAGAUCCCUGGCAGCCACGUGUCCCAGGGUUUCCAGGGGAUUCCAGAAAGGGGGAUUUAAAAAAUAAAAUCUCCCAAGUUUUCAACAUUAGCAACUAAUUUUAAAAAGCAUCUAAAAACGACUGCCCAGAUGAAACAGGAUUGCACAGCACCUCUUGACCCAGCGCCCAGUGCCAGGGAAGGUCCCCGUGGAGCAGUGUCCACCCCUGAGAAAUGGGGUAACAGUAAGGCUGUGCUGAGGAUUACCAGGAGAUGCACUUAGGCCCCGCCCACGACCGUUUCCAUCUUGGCCGGGGCUGUGCACCCCUCUGCCCCCCAGGCUGCCUCUGAUGGGGCCGACUCCCCACCACCCAGGGCCUCCACGUCUCCCGGGGGGGCCCCUGCUGCGUCCCUCGGCCUUGGGUCAGCCCUGAGGAUGUUGGAAGGCAGGGCAGUGUUCACCCCGUGGGGCCCUGCAGGAGGAGCAGGUGGAGGAGGCAGAGCCGGAGGGUGGGCCUAGCUGGCGCCUAGUACAUAGUAGGUGCUCCAUAAAUGUUUAUUGAAUGAAUGAAUGGAGGCCAUGCAGGCAGAGGCAGCCGCGUGUGCGCAGGCACUGGUGAAAGAGCGGGUCCAGUGGAGACUGGAACCAGGUGACAGAUGGGUCUCUUCCCUCCUGCCCCUGUCUCACUUGCUCCCCCUCAGAGCUCCACUCUCCAGUCUUCCAUGGGCAUCGUCUGAAGUUCUGAGCCCCGAACCUGAGGAGGAAGGAGAGGAGGAGGAGGAGGGAGAGGAAGGCAAGCCCCGAGAGCCGGCGCACGUUCCCAGCAGAAGAGCAACGUGGGAAGCAGGUUGUGGGGCCCGCGGCGCCCCUGGCCCCGGCCCCGCCGUGGUGCCCAGCGCCUGCUGGUAGCGCCCCAGAAGGCCCCCGACGGUUGGCACUGGCGGUGCCUGCCUCACCUGGGGCCCCUGUGCUGGGGGUCGCCCCCAAGAUGGUGGCGGCCCCAGGGAGGACUGUGCUGCCAGCCCCAGCCUCCGGCCGCUAGGCCCUCCGCGCCCCUCACCCCGAGCCCCGCCCGCGGGGGGGCGUGGCCAGCGCCAUGCUGCGCCUGGGGCUGUGCGCCGCCGCGCUGCUGUGCGUGUGCGGGCCCGGCGCCGUGCGUGCCGACUGCUGGCUCAUCGAGGGCGACAAGGGGUACGUGUGGCUGGCCAUCUGCAGCCAGAACCAGCCGCCCUACGAGACCAUCCCGCAGCACAUCAACAGCACCGUGCACGACCUGCGGCUCAACGAGAACAAGCUCAAGGCCGUGUUCUACUCGUCGCUCAACCGCUUCGGGAACCUCACCGACCUCAACCUCACCAAGAACGAGAUCUCCUACAUCGAGGACGGCGCCUUCCUGGGCCAGUCGAGCCUGCAGGUGCUGCAGCUGGGCUACAACAAGCUCAGCAACCUGACCGAGGGCAUGCUGCGCGGCAUGGGCCGCCUGCAGUUCCUCUUCGUGCAGCACAACCUCAUCGAGGUGGUGACGCCCGCCGCCUUCUCCGAGUGCCCGAGCCUCAUCAGCAUCGACCUGUCCUCCAACCGCCUCAGCCGCCUGGACGGCGCCACCUUCGCCAGCCUGGCCAGCCUCAUGGUAUGCGAGCUGGCCGGCAACCCCUUCAACUGCGAGUGCGACCUCUACGGCUUCCUCACCUGGCUGGUGGUCUUCAACAACGUCACCAAGAACUACGACCGCCUGCAGUGCGAGUCGCCGCGCGAGUUCGCCGGCUACCCGCUGCUGGUGCCCCGGCCCUACCACAGCCUCAACGCCAUCACCGUGCUCCAGGCCAAGUGCCGCAACGGCUCGCUGCCCUCCCGGCUCGACAGCCACCCCACGCCCUACUCCACCGACGCCCAGCGGGAGCCGGACGAGAACUCGGGCUUCAACCCCGACGACAUCCUCUCGGUGGAGCCGCCGGCCUCCUCCACCACGGAUGCGUCCGCCGGGCCCGCCAUCAAGCUGCACCACGUGACCUUCACCUCGGCCACCCUGGUGGUCAUCAUCCCGCACCCCUACAGCAAGAUGUACGUGCUGGUCCAGUACAACAACAGCUACUUCUCCGACGUCAUGACGCUCAAGAACAAGAAGGAGAUCGUCACCCUGGACAAGCUGCGGGCGCACACGGAGUACACCUUCUGCGUGACCUCGCUGCGGAACAGCCGCCGCUUCAACCACACCUGCCUGGCCUUCACCACGCGGGACCCGGUCCCGGGCGACCUGGCGCCCAGCACCUCCACCACCACCCACUACAUCAUGACCAUCCUGGGCUGCCUCUUCGGCAUGGUCAUCGUGCUGGGCGCCGUCUACUACUGCCUGCGCAAGCGGCGCAUGCAGGAGGAGAAGCAGAAGUCCGUCAAGGUCAAGAAGACCAUCCUGGAGAUGCGCUACGGGGCCGAAGUGGAGGCCGGGUCCGUCGUCCACGCCGCCCAGAAGCUGGGCGAGCCCCCAGUGCUGCCCGUGUCCCGCAUGUCCUCCAUCCCCUCCAUAAUUGGGGAGAAGCUGCCCACCUCCAAGGGGCUGGAGGCCGGGCUGGAUACGCCCAAGGUGGCCACCAAGGGCAACUACAUCGAGGUGCGCACAGGCACGGGCGGGGACGGCCUGGCCCGGCCCGAGGAUGACCUCCCGGACCUGGAGAACGGCCAGGGCUCGGCCGCGGAGAUCUCCACCAUCGCCAAGGAGGUGGACAAGGUCAACCAGAUCAUCAACAACUGCAUCGACGCCCUCAAGCUGGACGCGGCCUCCUUCCUGGGGGGCGGCGGCGGUGGCGGGGACCCUGAGCUGGCCUUCGAGUGCCAGUCCCUCCCCGCUGCCGCUGCAGCCUCCCCGGUAGCCGCCCCUGGGGCGCUGGAGCGGCCCAGCUUCCUCUCGCCCCCCUACAAAGAGAGCUCCCACCACCCGCUACAGCGCCAGCUGAGCGCCGAUGCCGCCGUGGCCCGGAAGACCUGCAGCGUCUCGUCCAGCGGCUCCAUCAAGAGCGCCAAGGUCUUCAGCCUGGACGUGCCGGACCACCCAGCCUCCGCGGGGCUGGCCAAGGGUGACUCCAAGUACAUCGAGAAGGGCAGCCCCCUCAACAGCCCCCUGGACCGGCUGCCGCUGGUGCCGGCGGGCAGCGGCGGGGGCGGCGGGGGAGGCGGGGGCGGCGGGGGCGGCGUCCACCACCUGGAGGUGAAGCCCGCCUACCACUGCAGCGAGCACCGGCACAGCUUCCCGGCCCUGUACUACGAGGAGGGCGCCGACAGCCUGAGCCAGCGCGUGUCCUUCCUCAAGCCGCUGACCCGCUCCAAGCGGGACUCCACCUACUCGCAGCUCUCCCCCAGACACUACUACUCGGGGUACUCCUCCAGCCCGGAGUACUCCUCGGAGAGCACGCACAAGAUCUGGGAGCGCUUCCGGCCCUACAAGAAGCACCACCGGGAGGAGGUGUACAUGGCCGCGGGCCACGCCCUGCGCAAGAAGGUCCAGUUCGCCAAGGACGAGGACCUGCACGACAUCCUCGAUUACUGGAAGGGGGUCUCGGCCCAGCAGAAGCUGUGACCUUCUCCUCCCCCGGUGAGGUUGGAGGGGGAGGGCGGGGAGCACACGGGGAAGGGGCCGGGCGGCCGGGCGGGGGUGCUCAGGGGGCCGAGGCCGAGGAGCGGACGCACACGCACACCCACACGCACGCACCCACGCACACACCUGACCACCACCUGACUGUGAACAACCACCACCCGACAAUAACGGACAGGAAAACAAAGACACGUUCUCCUUAAAGUUUACACACCGAUACCGA